AAACUCAUCCCUUCUGACCGAGAUGAGAAGAGAGACACAGAGGUCUACAGCACAGAAAAAGGCCCUUCGGCCCAUCGAGUCUGCAUUGAUUGAAAACAAGCUCCUUGUCAACACAGAUGGCCAAAUAUUUGCCUGGGGACAGAACACUUACAGCCAGCUUGGUCUUGGAACAAAAGAUAUUUCUCAGUGCACUCCUCAGCAUGUGAUAUCCCUCACUGGGAUGCCAGAGACACAGAUCACUGCAGGAGGAGAUCACAGCUUCACUCUGCCUCUCUCUGGGGCAGUGUUUGGAUGGGGAAGAAAUAAUCAUGGACUGCUGAGAUACAAGGACACAGAAGACAGAUUUGAGCUCAACCACGUGAGGCUGUUGGAGUGUAAAAGGACCAUCUAUAUCUCUUGUAGAGAAGGGCACACUGUUGUCCUAACAAAGGUUGGACAUGUUUACACCUUUGGAGCUGGGAAUUACGGUCAAUUUGGGCACAACGCCACAAAGGAUGAGAUCAAACCUCAUCUGGUUGGUUACCUGUUUGAAAGUAAAGUCUCUCAAAUAGCGUGUGGCAGUUAUUACACACUUGCUUUUGUUCCAUCAUGUGACAAAAUCUACUCUUUUGGUCGGGGAGAGAAAGGGCAACUGGGAAACAAAGAGACCAGGGAUCAGUUAGUGUGUCUUCUCAUCAACAUAAUGGAUGUAUUUGGCAAUAGUGGACAUGAAGAUGGCCAUAGGCCAAAACCAACUGUGAAAAGAAUUUUUGCAGGAGGGCACCAAAGAUUUUCAGUGUGCUGUGAUGAAGGGGAUUUGUUGCCCUGUGUCAAUCAAACUUCAUUCAAUACGUUGAGGAGAAUCAUGACAGUAGACCAUUUACUGGAGCAGGAAUUGGACAAAAAACAAGGAAGGGAAUUGUUUGGGCAUUUUCUUCAUCUUAAACUCUGUGAGGUUUCCUGGAUGUCAGAUGACCAUUUCAACACAAAUGGAGGAGCAUCUGCUCUGAAUCUGUCUGCAGUAUAUCUGGGUUUUGUGAAGUUGGCAAAAAACUCCUCAGUUUUGCAGCAGGUAAAGAAUACAGUCCAGAAUAACCUGAUCCCAUUGUUACCUCGAUCUCCAGCUUGUGUGGAGAUAUUGCAAGUUUAUAUUUUAAUACCGGAACUCAUUGCUGUUCUGGAAGAACCAAGGGACUCCGCAAUGCUGUAGAAUCUUUAAACAGAUCCAUUCUCUCACUUGAAGACAGUUAUCUUAAAAUUUUUGGUAAAUUCUUGCAGAUGUCACACAAUUCUAGAGAGAAAUUUCUGCAUUCCAGUUAUGAAAAUGUUUACAGAUUCUUUAACGCGGCAGUGAGAUGGGUAAAGCAUGGACUUGUAGCGG